AUGUUGAUCAACACUUGUAUCACUCAGAUUGUCAUAGCGCUCCUGUUAGGAUUCUUGCAAGGAAGGUUGCUUGCGGUCAGUUCGGGCACUGCUUUCCUUCCUGUGGGUCCGUGCCGUGUAUUCGGUCCCUUCACAUGUUUCGCCACAUUCAAUGUCAUUACCGCUCUCACGUUAUACGUUGAGCUACUGACAGUUCACACAAUGUUUUACCGUUACCGGAUGCUGCGAUCGAGCCAGAUGACCACAGCAAAGCUCGUACCAAGUUUUGUUGUGGUCGCAGUUUUGUCAAUCAUUCUUCUGGUAUGUUGGAAGCACCCUGUUUUUUGCAACUCAUCCCCUCUAGAAAUAUAA